AUGGGACCUCCAAGUCAAAGCCAGCUUCUUCGGCGAACAUCCACGUCUAUGCCCAUGGGCCAUGCUCCGAAUAAGCUGGAACAGGAUGCACCAGUGUGUCAAACCGUGUCAGUAAAGCUCGAAGAGACUGACCAAGAAAAUCGAUACCUACUCACCGCCGAGGAUGCCGAAAUACUUCAAGACGUUCUUCAGAGUAUUUUGAGCAGUGAACUUCGCCUGGAAAAGACUGAAAAACCUGCCAGAUCAGAGAAACGCCGGUUCCAUUUUCAACAUCUAGAGUUCACCCGACAGCUUAGCACCUUUGACCGCCAGAAUCCAAAUUUCAACUCUUCCUCAUUUCAUGGCUUCUUUACGCUCUUCUGGCUUGGCGUGGCCCUGGUCCUGCUCAAAGUCGCUGCUAACAAUUGGCGAAUUUACGGCACGAUUUGGGGCAAGAAUGAGAUAAUCCAGCUGAUGCUCAGCAAGGAUGUCUUGGUGCUCGGUUUUUCGGACCUUGUUUUAUGUUGUUCAACCAUAUUCUGCCUUGUUCUUCAGCGAGUCAUUUUUCACGGCUAUCUGCGAUGGGGCGGUCUUGGGUGGAUAGUUCAGAACAUAUGGCAAGCAUCAUAUCUUGCUGUCGCCAUCUGGUGGACUUACCAUCGAGACUGGCCAUGGACCCAUACCGUGUUCAUGGUUCUGCAUUGCUUGACAAUGUUGAUGAAACAACACAGCUACUCUUUUUUUAACGGAUACCGUAAGUUCCUGAGGAGAGGGCUCGAUUUCUCGGCCAUAAAUUUACUGACUGGCAUGACAUUAAAAGUGUCCGAAUUGUAUCGGAAAAAGGGCCUCCUGAAAGUCCGGUUACGAAGACUGAAGAAGCACAUAGGUGACAGCAAAAAGCCCGAAAAUACAUCUAGCUUCACUACUUCCAAGCGGGCAUCUACCAAGGAUGCAGCCCUGAUGUCUAAAAUCACGAGGCUCGGAAGGAACGAACACCAACAUUCUACUGACCCCCAGGACUGCGGGGGCUCUUGCGCCUUGGAUGAUCUUUUGUCACUAUCCGAAACGAUUGAAAAUGGGACACCACUGGAAAUGGACCAGAUGAAUUCUUUGAAAAGGUUGAUUGAGCGAGAGAUUGUUCUCCUGUCAGAUGGUCUCCGCGGUCAGUUUUCGUCAACAAAUCAUUAUCCGCAUAACUUAACAAUUGGAAACUUUUGCGACUUCAUUUGCCUCCCUACCAUUGUCUAUGAGUUGGAAUAUCCCCGCACGGAGAAGAUUGACUGGAUCUACGUGGGUGAGAAGACUCUAGCCACUUUCGGCACCAUUGUGGUCAUGAUUGUCGUUUCGCAGAACUGGAUAUACCCGGUCGUAAUGCACACAAUGCGCAUGAAGGAGGAAUUGACAGUGCAAGAGCGGUUGCAAGAGUUCCCGUGGGUGUUAAGUGAUCUUUUAUUCCCAUUUAUGAUGGAAUACCUGCUGGCAUUCUAUGUCAUCUGGGAAUGCGUGCUUAAUGCAUUGGCUGAAAUCACUCAAUUUGCCGACCGGGGGUUCUAUGCAGACUGGUGGAAUUCCGUUUCGUGGGAUCAGUUUGCCCGCGAUUGGAAUCGUCCGGUACACAAUUUUCUGCUCCGUCAUGUGUACCACAGCUCAAUCAGCGCAUUCCACCUGUCGCGUGUUUCUGCUAGCAUAGUGACCUUUUUACUCUCGGCCUGCAUACACGAAUUGAUCAUGCUAUGCAUCUUCCGGCGACUUCGGGGUUAUCUCUUAAUUAUGCAGAUGUCGCAACUGCCCCUGGUAGCCUUGAGCCGAACGCGUUUGAUGCGCGGUCGGAGAUUGAUUGGGAACGUUGUCUUUUGGCUGGGGAUCUUUACAGGUCCAACUGCUUGUUGCACUGUCGGCGUUAAGCAUGAAGGCGAAGCCAAGGGCGAGUUUCAACAGACUUACUUGUCUUAUCCGGAAAACAAAUCCACCAAGCGGGCUAUUCUUCUCCUCACCGACGUGAUUGGCCACCGUUUCGUUAAUGCUCAAUUGAUUGCAGACCAGCUGGCGGCAAAUGGCUAUUUUGUCGUCAUGCCAGACUUAUUCCAUGGUGACCCUGUGCCCCUGAAUCGCCCUGAGGGGUUUGACUUACAGGCCUGGCUGAAAGGCCCGCCUGGUCACCCCCCAACUCGUGUGGAACCUGUCGUCCAGGCUGUUCUUCAGGAAAUGAAGUCUUCUCUGGGAUGUGAGCGUAUCGGUGGAAUUGGAUACUGUUUCGGAGCUAAAUACGCCAUCCGUCUGCUCCAGCCUGGACUUAUUGAUGUCGCCUACGUAGCUCACCCCAGCUUUGUGGAAGCUGAUGAGUUGGCUGCUAUUAAGGGUCCUCUGUCUAUUGCUGCGGCUGAGACUGAUGCUAUCUUCCCUGCCCCGAAACGCCAUGAAUCCGAGGAGAUUUUGGCAAAAACAAGCCAGGCGUAUCAGAUUAACCUAUUCAGUGGGGUGCAGCAUGGUUUUGCGGUCCGGGCAGAUCUCUCCGACCCUGUCAUCAAAUUUGCAAAGGAAGCCGCUUUUCUUCAAGCUGUGGCAUGGUUCAACCAGUAUCUAUGA